GUUCGCGGGCUCGCUGACGGGAGGUUGUCAGCGCAGUGGCGCGGGGCUUGCCGGGACUUGUGGUUAGAAGCCUCCGCCGCCCGUUGCCACUUACACUGCUGGCCGCAGCGUCGCGGUUACUAAGAAGUGAGGAAGGUAGCGGCAGACGGCACCGUGGAGCUGCUCCGAGAUCCCCGGGAGGUUCGCAGGCGCGCAUCCCGCCUCCCCAGGACGUCGCCUUUGCCGACCGCUCGAAGGAGAAAGCGACGGCGGAGGCAGGUGAAGAAACAGGUGAAGAAACAAAAGAAAAAGGAAGUCAAGGGGUCAUUUCCAAAAUCAAAGAUCAAGGAGAUGGCCUCCUCAGGAAUCUACAAGCUGGAUGAUGGGAAGCCUUACCUGAACAACUGCUUUCCAGCCAAAAAUCUGCUUCGGAUGCCAGAGGAAGGCCGAGGAUACUGGUUAGUGACUCGGAAAAAUAACUUCAAGAGGAAGCCCCAGGAUUUGAUUGGGAUAUCAGCUGAAGGUCAGGAAAGCCAGAAGAAGGUUUCUUUGGAGGGUAGGGGAAAGAAAGGGUCUCGGAGGGCCAACCAAGUAAACCUACCUGAAUACGUCCUGGACCGGGCUUUUCUGCUGAAGCACCACGCUGUAAAGAAGCCAUCAGAUCUGUGCACUGUUAAUGCUAAGGAAAAAGACUUCAAGCAUUUUGAGUCCGUGGUUUAUAUCAAUGCCUCAGAAAACCUACUGCCUCUAGAGGCAUUCCACACAUUUCCAGCCUUAAAGGAACUGGAGCUUGCAUUUAAUGGCAUAAGAACAAUCUACGUGAAAUAUGGAGACUUUAAGUUCUUGGAAUUCUUGGACCUUUCCUUCAACAGCCUGACUGCAGAGGCCAUCUGUGAUCUGGGGAUUCUGCCACACCUUCGUGUCCUGCUCCUUACAGGCAAUGGGCUCACCUCCCUGCCACCCAAUUUGGCUGUCAUAGAGCAGGAGGCAUCUGAAACAUCACUGACAAGCAGGAGGUACAUCCUGAGGUUCCCAGCGCUGGAGACACUGAUGUUGGAUGACAACAAACUCUCCAAUCCCAAUUGUUUUGCCAGCCUAGCCGGGCUCAGGAGACUGAAGAAGUUAAGCCUGGACCAAAACAGGAUUUUCCGGAUCCCGUACCUACAGCAGGUUCAGCUCCAUGAUGGGUCGGGGGACUGGUUUCCAGGCAGGGGAAGUCCCCAGAAAGAGCCCCAGUCUGUGCUACAGUCCAAGCCAUGGACGAAUGAGAUCUCAGAGGCUCAACCAGAUUAUACUGUACUGCCCAUGAAAAAGGAUGUUGACCGGACAGAGGUUGUGUUCUCAUCUUACCCUGGAUUUUCAACCUCAGAGACAACCAAGGUAUGUACACUUCCUCCCAUAUUUGAGAUUCUUCCUGUGAAGUCACUGAAGGUCAGGAACCAGACGCUGGCCCCACCCUUCCCGGAGCUGAGGUACCUUAGCGUGGCCUACAACAAGAUUGCAAAGGAGGAUGCCGUCCUGCCAGUAGCUCUCUUCCCAUCUCUCUGUGAGCUCAUCUUUCAUAACAACCCUCUGGUGGCCCAUACACGAGGGGUCCCUCCACUGCUGAAGAGCUUCCUCCAGGAGCGACUGGGGAUCCACUUAAUUCGAAAGAAGACGAUGGUAAAGUCUAAGCAUCAUAUUUUGAUGCCUCAGAAGGAAUCGCGGAAGGUGAAAACUCAAGUCCCAAAGGUGCCAAAGCAGCCUCUGCUACUCCACCACUCACGCAUGACAGCAAUCAAGUCUCCCUCCAGGAAUAUGCUGGAGGCAGAGGCAGAGGUAGAUGAAGAGCUGCCUACUGCCCAAAGCACUUCUCUGGAGCCACACAUACCCACCGAGGGCCUAGAAGGCCUUUCCCUCUCACGCCGGACCUUUGUGCCACUGCCUCCCAUCUGCUCUGACUCCACCGUGCAUAGUGAAGAGACUGUGUCCCGCCCAAGCGACACAGCUGUCCACCUCAGCCCAGAUCAGCCGUCAGAUGAGGACACCAAGAGCACAGAGUCCAUCUUCCUGACUCAGGUGAAUGAGCUGCCUUCCACCAUCAUGCAUAGGGAUGAUUUAGAGGAAAAGGAGAAAGACCAAAGAAGACCACCACCAACACCCAAAGAGAUGAAGAGGACUCGGAGAAAGCUCCCAUCCACCUCCCUCCCCAGAAAGUAUCAUGGCUAUGAGGAGCUGCUGACAACCAAGCUGGAUCCAGCUUUCGUUGAGCCAAAGGGAAUCCAGAAGAAUGCACAGGCCCUGCAGCAUAUGCUGAAGCACCCGAUCCUAUACCGCUCUUCCAAGCCCAAGCUGGACGCUUUCCAGAAGCACUAUGUUCCCAAAGAGAGACGGGCCCAGAGAAUCCCUAUUCCACCCCAACGGAAGACUCGAGGCCAGCUGCUGGAUGACAUCCUCGUUCGCAUGCGGGACCCUCGGAACAUUACAGAGGCUCCACUAGGCACCGUGCUGCGCAGGAGGACUGAGCAGCGGCUGGCAAACCAGCAGCAGUACCUGGAGGCCAAACGCCUGCUGAAGGAGUUUCGAGCUCGCUACCGGCGGCUGGUGCGCUGCUCACUACGGAAGGUGUUUGGGGCCACCCCACUGCCACCAACCUGCCCUGCGCUGAACGAGGGCCAGCCCAAGUUUGGCCGCUUCCUGGAGUUCAUGGAUGAGUUCUGCCAAGAGCCCACAGCCAGUGACACAAAAGACUAGGGGUGUGUAUCUCCUGGCCUGCA